UGCCCCUCCCACCCAGACCAUGUGUGAGCUGUGGGGCUCUUAAAAACCUGCUUGUUGGGUACAGCUUUCAAUCCAUCCACUCUCUAUUUCCACCUUUACUCUCUCCUUUUCUCUCUCAACAGACACUUACAAAGAAAGGGUUGGUAUGACAGACUUCGGGAUCAGUGAGUUAAGGGUAGACGGAGCAGACACAGAAGCCAGGAAUCACUCGAGUGAAGAGGAAAAUGAGGAUUGGAUUAAACCUCUUAUUCACCAGUCCCAGGGGGCUAAAGAGUUUGCCUACUGCCCCUACAGUAAGUUCCGGGUGGGGGCAGCCCUGUUGGCACAUGAUGGGACAGUUUUUACAGGAUGCAAUGUAGAAAAUGCUAGCUACAACCUUGGCCUCUGUGCAGAGAGGACCGCUAUUGCAAAAGCUGUUUCCGGGGGAUACAGAAGUUUUAAGGCUAUUGCUAUUGCCAGUGACCUGGAAGACCAGUUCAUCUCACCAUGUGGAGGUUGCAGACAGUUCAUGAGAGAGUUUGGUGAUCAUUGGUCCGUCUACCUAUCCAAGCCUGAUGGUUCUUACAAGGAAAUGACUAUAGAAGACCUGCUUCCUGUGUCCUUUGGGCCCGAAGACCUGAAGAAAAAGAGAUUGUUCACCACAAAGAAUGGGUCAUAAAUGUAUUCACAAGACAAGAGGCAAAACCAGAAUCGUUCAUAACGGCAUUAUAAGUCCGUGAAAUGUUAGACUGCUGAGCUGGAUAAUGGGCUGAUUUGCCAGCCAAUAGGACUAUACAUUUUAUUAGUUGAAUAAUGUCAUUGGAUAUUCUUUUUCUUCUGUCUGUGCCUUUGAAAUUAGGAAAAUCUGUCUCAAUGUGUUUUCUAACAAUUGUUUGAAAUGCAGUAAAUUACAUCAAAUGAUAUUAUGCUACACAGCUCAUAAUCACAUUAGUAUUUGUAUGUGUAUGAUUUGCGAGUGUUUGUUUGAAGUAUGAAGUAUCAAUGUUGAAAAUGCAUUUUGAUGUAUUACUCAUUAAUAUUACAAUAUUUUAGGACAUUUGUGUAAAGUUUUGAUUGUGUUUAGGCCUAUUUGCAUCAUUUGCUGACACCAAUAACAUUGUCAUUGUCUCUUUAAUUUAGAAACAGGUCAAGUUAAAAAAAAACGUCAUGUGACACUAGAAGCA